AUGCAUUAUCAUGAUUGGUUCGACGCAGUCGAGGAACACAACAGAUACCUGCUGCUUUUCAAGCGGUCAACCGGCGUGCCCGGCGAACUGAUCACUAACAUGGAUGAAUCCAAGGGCCAUACGUCGGACCUGGCAUCGAGACUCUUUGACGACAUCACUAACACAUCUCCUUCACGCAUGCGCGUUACGCAAGACAGCGGGACCGAGCUGUACAGGCAGCUGAGCAACAAAGAGAUGCAAAUUCCUAACCAGAAACAAGCUGCGUUGGCGACGAUAAACCAGAAGUCAAGAAGAGCAGCUAAUGGGUACAUGCCGAUCGAGGACUAUGGCCUGAUUGGGAACAUGAGGACGUGCGCUAUGGUAGCCACAGACGGUGGGCUGGACUACAUGUGUUGGCCUCAUUUCGAUUCCCCGUCUGUGUUCUGUCGCAUCCUAGACAAGGACAAAGGUGGUCACUUUUCCAUUAGCCCAACCACACACGAUCUUUCCACGACUAAACAGCAUUAUCUACCCGCAAGCAACAUCUUGCAAACACGUUACUUGAAGGAAGAUGGUGUCUUGAAUUUGAUUGACUUCUUUCCAAGACCGGACAACAAAGCGUUGGAUGCUGAAUACCAUGCCCGAGUUGUUGCUAGCGACCACACGGGUAAUGUAUCCGAUCGGCCUGACCUCAAGAAGUGGCUAGUACGAAGAGUUGAGUGUAUGCGCGGCCACAUGGAUGUAAACGUCGAAGUUUUUCCUGCGUUCAAUUACGCGCAAGACAAACACACGACCGAGAUCACCAAUCUUAAUGACCGCCAAAAGGGGCAGUGCGAUCAACGCGUCACUUUCGCCUCAGAAAAGCUUUCUCUCGAAUUGAAUGCAACAAUUGACUGUAACGAUGAAGAUGGAAUGCCCUGUCCAAAAGUCGUCUUCGAAAGGUCAUCAACACCAUCUUCCUUGGGCGACGCGGUCACUGCAACGUUUCGUUUACAUGAAGGACAAGCUAUCUCGUUCAUUCUUCGCGACGCCGAUGAUCACAGCCCGGAGCUGAUACACACUGCAUUGCUCGACGAGCUCCAAGCAAGUACACACAAGUAUUGGGCGCGAUGGAUGGCUUCAAGCAAAUACAUGGGUAGAUGGGAGCAGGUGGUGACAAGGAGCCUACUACUGCUGAAGAUGUUAACUUUCGAGCCUUCUGGUGCCAUUGUCGCAGCCCCGACCUUUUCUCUACCCGAGGACAUCGGAGGUAAAAGGAACUGGGAUUAUCGAUACAGUUGGGUGAGAGAUGCUUCAUUUACAAUCUACAUCCUGCUCCGAAUGGGCUUCAGUCACGAGGCAGAAGCCUACAUAAGCUAUAUCUUCCAGCGCGUCAAGGAGGCCAAGGCAAGACAUGGGGCGUUGCCGAUCAUGUUCACUAUCUGGGGUGGAACAGACAUUCCGGAAGUAGAGUUGGAGCAUAUGGAGGGCUAUAGGGGCAGUCGGCCGGUCCGCAUAGGAAACGGUGCUGCAUUCCAUGUCCAAUUGGACAUAUACGGCGAACUUUUGGACGGAAUCUACCUUGCUAAUAGAUUCGGCACGCCAAUAUCGUACGACCAAUGGCUCUCGAUAUGUCCAUUUGGGAGUAAGAUCAUGCUAUGGGUAGCUCUGGACCGCGCCCUACGGCUGGCAGAGAAGAGAAGCUUUCCAUGCCCGCAUCGAGCGGAAUGGUAUCGGAUUCGCGACGAGAUCUGCGAAGAGGUCAUGGAUAAAGGCUACAACCAGAAGUUGGAGUGCUUCAUACAGAGUUACGAGUCGAAUGAAGUACUGGAUUCGGCAGUACUGAUCGCUCCGCUGGUCUUUUUCAUCUCGCCCACAGAUCCUCGGUUCCUCAAGACGUUGGACAAGAUCUUGAAGCCUCCUGAGAAAGGCGGACUCACGAGCACUGGGUUGGUGUACCGGUAUAACCACGCACUCAGCGAUGAUGGCGUGGGCGGCCGAGAAGGGGCCUUCUCGAUGUGUACUUUUUGGUGUGUUGAAGCCCUCACCAGAGCUGGCGCAUAUGAAGAAAAGUACCUCAAGGAAGCGGUCAGUAUGUUUGAAAACAAGCUCAGCUUCGGCAAUCAUUUGCGCAUAUUCUCCGAAGAGAUUUCCAGCUCUGGGGAGCAACUGGGGAAUACGUAA